UGCUCCAGUGUGAUGUCAGUGCCGGAGAUGUUGGACCUGGCGAGAUUUCACCCUCACUUUUUCAUUGGAGCACAGCGGAUGAAGGUGGAGGAUCAUCAUCAUCAUCGCCAUCAUCUUCCUCCUCUCUGCCGCCUGAUGCUUUAGUUGGUGUUGCUCUGCUCCAGGAUUCAUUUCUGUCUGGGCUUUUUUCCCUCCUCGUUUUUCUCACAACAGGAUAAACACAUUUGUUUUGUCUUUGUUUCUUUUUUUGCUUUAUGGAAACUUUGCUUACCUUCAGGAGGAAUAAACAGACGGAAGGUUUAGCAGAACAAUCGAGUUAAAUGUAAGCAGAUUUUUUUACUUCAGCUCUUCAUUUUGUGGAUUGUUUUGGAGCAACCUGAGUUCUCAUAAUUACCACCGGCACGAGUCGAGUUUGUUUUUUUUUGAGGGCACGGAGCCGCGAAGCUGCUGUCCGCGUGGAGCGGUGCCGAAGUCUCGCGUCCGGGCGCCAGGAGCUCCGCCAAGCCGCGCGACAUGGCCACGAACGGCGCGAAAGCCUCCGACGGACACGUUCUAACGGAGGUGAACGCGGCGCCCGCGGCCAACGAUAAGCCCAAGACCCUGGUGGUCAAAGUGCAGAAGAAAGAGCUUCCGGACCGGGAGACGUGGGCCGGCAAGUUCGACUUUCUGCUCUCGUGUGUGGGUUACGCCAUCGGGCUCGGAAAUGUGUGGCGCUUUCCUUAUCUGUGCGGCAAGAACGGAGGAGGGGCCUUUUUGAUUCCCUAUUUUCUGACACUCAUAUUCGCUGGGGUGCCCUUGUUCUUUCUCGAGUGUUCUCUCGGUCAGUACACCUCCAUCGGUGGACUCGGAGUGUGGAAACUAGCUCCAAUGUUCAAAGGUGUCGGCCUUGCGGCAGCAGUCUUAUCCUUCUGGCUUAACAUCUACUAUAUAGUCAUCAUUUCCUGGGCCAUUUACUAUCUAUACAACUCUUUCACCGCAGACCUCCCAUGGAAAUCCUGCAACAACCCCUGGAAUACAGAGCAAUGCUUUUCCAACUACAGCUUGGCAAACACGUCUAACAUGACCAGCGCCGUCGUGGAGUUUUGGGAACGGAAUGUGCAUCAGCUCACGGAUGGUCUGGAAAAACCAGGAGAGAUCAGAUUGCCACUGGCAAUAACACUGGCCAUCGCAUGGGUGCUGGUCUACUUUUGUAUCUGGAAAGGUGUGGGAUGGACUGGAAAGGUGGUCUAUUUUUCCGCCACAUAUCCAUACUUCAUGCUGCUUAUCCUGUUCUUCCGUGGAGUUACGCUACCUGGAGCUAAAGAGGGCAUUUUGUUCUAUGUUACACCUAACUUUGAAAAGCUGAAGGAGUCAGAAGUGUGGCUUGAUGCUGCCACUCAAAUUUUCUUCUCCUACGGACUCGGCCUCGGGUCUCUGAUCGCACUCGGAAGCUACAACCCCUUCAACAACAACGUUUACAAGGACUCUGUCAUUGUAUGCUGCAUCAACUCUUUCACCAGCAUGUUUGCUGGAUUUGUCAUUUUCUCCAUUGUGGGCUUCAUGGCUCACAUUACAAAGAGGUCUAUUGCUGAUGUAGCUGCAUCAGGUCCAGGCUUGGCAUUUUUAGCUUACCCAGAGGCUGUUACUCAGCUGCCUGUUUCACCACUUUGGGCAAUUCUGUUCUUUUCCAUGCUGCUUAUGCUUGGAAUUGACAGUCAGUUCUGUACAGUAGAGGGUUUCAUCACUGCCUUGGUAGAUGAAUUUCCCCGUGUAUUGCGUGGACGACGAGAAAUCUUCAUUGCUGUCGUUUGCUUUGUGUCUUACAUCAUUGGACUGUCAAAUAUCACGCAGGGUGGCCUCUACGUGUUCAAGCUUUUCGAUUACUACUCUGCUAGCGGAAUGUGUUUGCUCUUCCUGGUGUUCUUUGAGUGUGUCUCCAUAUCCUGGUUCUAUGGUGUCAAUAAGUUCUAUGGAAAUAUUGAAGAGAUGAUUGGAUACAAACCUUGCAUUUGGUGGAAACUAUGUUGGGUGGUGUUCACACCUUUGAUUGUAGCUGGUGUGUUCCUGUUCAGUGCGAUCCAGAUGGUUCCCUUGACCAUGAAUAAUUAUGUGUUCCCAAAGUGGGGACAGGGUGUAGGCUGGUGUAUGGCCAUGUCUUCUAUGGUCUUAAUUCCUGGCUACAUGGUCUAUAUGUUCCUAACAUUAAAAGGCUCCUAUAAAGAGCGCCUCCGGAUAAUGAUUCAACCUAUGGUUUCGGUCAAAAGUCAAGAAAAUGGGCCUGAGCAGCAACCUGAGAGUGUGAAUGCAGCCAACGAUGAGGCAUACAUCUAAAACCCUGGACAUUGCAGGCCCUUUGGAACAAAAAUGAAACCAAGUAAUCAAGGUUGAACACUAGCAGGGACUUCUGUGUCUAAUAUAUAAUCACCUACCUCCAGGGGAAAAAUGUAACCAACCUGAUUACAACUGUUGAAAAUUUUAAUGUGUGUAUGAAAAAAAAAACUCGAUCCAGCGAUGAUCUAGUGCUAGUUCGUAUUGCAUAUGCAAGAUAUUAGUCUUUCCAAAACAUAACAUUGUAACAAUUACUGUUUGGAUCCCAAUGUGAUUGAAGACUACUGUGCUAAUUCGAUAUAUAUUUACCUUAUGUAAUUAUGUUAAGAUAUUGUAUAAAGAUCUUAGAAUAGAAUCAAAUUGUAUUUGAUUGUAUUUGAAGACAUACAAAAAAAAAAAGAAGAAUGAAGUUAGUUGGCAAAAAUAUGACAAAUAUGAUGAACUGUAUCAUGUCCAGUUUUGAGCAAAGGCCUUUAUGGGAGCAUAUAGCUGGUUCUCAUGGCCUGUGUAAAAGGUUUAUGUAAAGAGACUCCUACUGUUUUUAUUAUCCCAAAUACCUACUCAAGCUGGAUUAGUUUUACCUGGGUUGGCACUGUAAAUUUAAGGGUACGGUCAGCGAUUUUUAACUAGAACACAUUUAGCAGCUGUCAUAAGGGAGAAAGAAAAUAUGGUCAUUAAUAUUCUACCAUUCAGGAUAUGAUGUGUCAGUAAUGUUGGCUGUCAGUUCAGAAAUCUCCCACAGUUUAAUGUGCAUUCAGGCACUCUAGCAUGCGUUACGGGUGUGUGGUUGAUAAUAAAUCUGAAAUAGCUUGGAUUUUAGAUAUUCUUUUUUCUUCCACCAAAAAAAAAAAUCGCUGAUUAUAUUUUUAAAUGAUUGCCAACAAGAUAUAAAAUUUCAAUCCAUUAUUCCUCACAAUAGCUUCAGAGUUUCAGCAAACAUGGCGAUCUCUCUGUAAAAGUAAUGCUUUUCUGAACUAACUGUAAUGUUUAACAAUUUUUGGCAAUAGUCAGUAACACCUUUUUUUUGUACUAAAAAGAGAAAGGUGGAUAAUGUUACAUAAUACUGAUGUUUACAUAUCUGAUAAAUGUCCACAUUAUAGAAUUUUUUGUAGGAAUAAAUUUAAAUCGCUAAAAAAAAAGUGCAUGACAGGUAAAACAUAUCCAGCUAUGACAGGACUUAAGAGUUUACAACGCAUUUGUAAGUCUUCAGUUCCAAAAUAAGCACAAGCCAGUAUGGAUUUGAGUUUACAGACGUCACAAGCAGCGAUGAAUUAUCUGUCACACAAGCAGAUUCAUCUUACACAUAAGAGAGACUGUUAGUGUUUUUUUUAUUUUCUAAGAACUAAAUAACUUUGUAUGUUUUUUCAAUCAUUUUUAGUCAGUUUUUUUAUGUAAGCGUGAGAAGGACCAAAAUCGCUUUCACAUGGAAAUCAUUUGCAUAUGAAAGUGUUUCGCGUCACACUGUGUCCUAGAAAGUGCAGGGUACAAACAAAAAAAAAAGACACAAAAUGCAUAAUGUUUGGCAGUAAUAGCCUCUGAUUCCACUGUUCAGUCCUGCUCAUUUGCAUGCCACUCCUCAGGAACAAUGGUGGAAGUGACCAAAUUUGACUCUUUUCCCCCUUAGCCGAAUCGAAUCAAAUGGAUUAGAGCAGUAAAUGGCCUUCAGCAAAUAAUCAGACUGUGAGCAGAAGCCAUAGUGUGUCUCCAGAGUUUGUGAGGCCAUUUUUGGGAAAAGGCACCUUUAGAGAAACCAGCAAAAAUCACAGGCGCAUUGUAGCCAAUUAAAAGGUUGAGAUAUCUAUACAGUCUGCAUCUUUGGUCUUUUUUAGAAAACUGCCUUGGCAAUAAGUAACUAGAUAAAGUGUAUGUGAAUGCUUUUUUUUGUGUAUGACUGGUUUAACCCCUGUUAGUACAAUUUCACCGGUUAAAAGCACAAAGCUUUAAAACCACAAGCUCCAGCGGUUGUUGUUGUUUUUUUUUAAAAAAAAGGGACAGAGUUAGUUUGCUUCUAUGGCAGCUACAUGUGACAGGGACGUGAAUAAAACGACUCAGCAAAGAUACUACACUAAAAUUGUGCAAUCAGUUAGCGUUGCGUACGUUUUGUACAAAGUUCUCAUUCAGCACAUUUCUCUCUGUAAACCUGUACUGUGUAAAAGUAUAUGUGAAUGUCCAUAUGACCACUGAGGUUUUGUCUAAAUGUUGAAGAUUCUUAUUAUUUACUGUUUUCUGCAAUAAUACUCUCAGAAACUAAAGCACAUAGUAUUUCUGAAAUGUAAAAAAAAAAGGAAUAUCAAUAACAAAAGCAGAAGUAUAUAAUAAACUAUAGAUUAUGUCAUAGUCAGAGAAUAUUGUUUUGUAUAUUUCUAACUGUUUCAUGCGCCUAAUGUAAGAUAUUUUAUGUAAAAAUAUAUAUUAAAUGUCUUUAGAUGGUGUUGUAUAAAAAGCAUGAUUGCCAUGUUAUCUGAAAAAUAAAUAAAGUAUUAUAGAUUAUAAUGCA